AUGGCGGCAAGAAUAGAAGAUUCGAUUGGUGGUGGUGAGACUGAGAUUGAUGAUGAGAGAGGAAGCAUGUGGGAUUUGGACCAGAGCCUUGAUCAACCUAUGGAUGAAGAAGCUGGUCGUCUCCGGAACAUGUACAGAGAAAAGAAAUUCUCUGCGAUUCUGCUUCUACAGCUCUCGUUUCAGAGUCUUGGUGUUGUCUAUGGAGACUUAGGAACUUCUCCUCUAUACGUUUUCUACAACACAUUCCCUCACGGAAUCAAAGACCAAGAAGACAUCAUUGGAGCUCUCUCGCUAAUCAUCUACUCCCUCACACUCAUCCCUCUCCUCAAAUACGUUUUCGUCGUCUGCAAAGCAAAUGACAAUGGCCAAGGUGGAACAUUUGCUCUCUAUUCUCUGCUCUGUAGACACUCAAAAGUGAACACGAUACCGAACCAACACAGAACAGACGAAGAGCUCACGACUUAUAGCCGCUCCACGUUCCAUGAGCAUUCCUUUGCUGCGAAAACCAAGAGAUGGUUAGAGAAAGGUCCCACUAGGAGAAACUCUCUACUCAUACUCGUUCUUGUCGGUACUUGCAUGGUCAUCGGCGAUGGAAUCCUCACUCCUGCCAUUUCAGUUCUCUCUGCUGCUGGUGGACUCAGAGUAAACCUUCCACAUAUAAACAAUGGUGUCGUUGUUGUUGUUGCGGUUGUGAUACUGGUGAGCUUGUUUAGCGUACAGCAUUACGGAACAGACAGAGUCGGGUGGCUCUUCGCGCCCAUCGUCUUCCUCUGGUUCCUCUUCAUCGCGAGCAUCGGCAUGUACAACAUAUGGAAACACGACCCGAGCGUCUUGAAAGCUUUCUCUCCGGUGUAUAUUUACCGGUAUUUCAAAAGAGGCGGUCAAGAUCGAUGGACCUCUCUUGGAGGCAUCAUGCUUAGUAUCACAGGGAUUGAAGCUCUCUUUGCGGAUCUAUCGCAUUUCCCGGUCUCAGCCGUGCAAAUCGCGUUUACUGUAAUCGUUUUCCCUUGCCUUCUUCUGGCGUAUAGCGGCCAAGCCGCUUACCUAAGAGUGUAUCCUCAUCAUGUGGAAGACGCGUUUUAUCAGUCCAUUCCAAAGAGUGUGUAUUGGCCAAUGUUCGUGAUUGCGACCUUUGCAGCAAUAGUUGCAAGCCAAGCCACAAUCUCAGCGACGUUCUCGUUGAUCAAGCAAGCGCUCGCUCACGGUUGCUUCCCUAGAGUCAAAGUCGUGCACACUUCUCGGAAGUUCCUCGGUCAGAUUUACGUCCCGGACAUCAACUGGAUCCUCAUGAUCCUCUGCAUAGCCGUCACCGCCGGAUUCAAGAACCAGAGCCAGAUAGGGAACGCUUACGGGACGGCCGUUGUGAUCGUCAUGCUCGUGACGACGCUUCUCAUGAUGUUGAUCAUGAUACUCGUCUGGAGAUGCCAUUGGCUUCUAGUCUUCUUGUUCACCGUUCUCUCCCUCGUCGUCGAAUGCACUUACUUCUCUGCCGUGCUCUUCAAGGUUAACCAAGGCGGUUGGGUGCCGCUUGUCAUCGCCGCGGCGUUUCUUGUGAUCAUGUACGUUUGGCACUAUGGGACGCUCAAGAGGUAUGAGUUUGAGAUGCAUAGUAAAGUCUCCAUGGCUUGGAUCUUAGGGCUCGGGCCUAGCCUCGGGCUGGUUCGAGUCCCUGGGAUAGGUCUUGUGUACACGGAGCUAGCGAGCGGAGUGCCUCACAUCUUCUCUCAUUUCAUCACGAACCUGCCGGCGAUUCACAACGUUGUUGUGUUUGUUUGCGUCAAGAACCUUCCGGUUUACACUGUUCCUGAGGAAGAGCGGUUCUUGGUGAAGAGAAUCGGUCCCAAGAACUUCCACAUGUUCCGGUGCGUGGCGAGGUACGGUUACAGAGACUUGCACAAGAAAGACGACGACUUUGAGAAGCGGCUCUUCGAAAGCCUCUUCCUUUUCGUGCGUCUUGAGUCUAUGAUGGAAGGAUGCUCGGACUCCGACGAUUACAGCGUCUGCGGAAGCCAGCAGCAGCAGCCGAACGAGAGUAGGAACUUGUCGACGUUUGGUACGUUUGAUUCUGUGGAGUCGGUGAGAGCGCCAACCAAGCGGACGAGCCACACGGUGACAGGGUCGAGCCAGAUGAGCGGAGAAGUGGACGAGAUGGAGUUUAUAAAUAGGUGUAGAGACGCGGGAGUGGUGCACAUAAUGGGGAACACGGUGAUACGAGCGAGGACGGAAGCGAGGUUCUACAAGAGAAUAGCGAUUGAUUAUGUGUAUGCGUUUCUUAGGAAGAUUUGUAGAGAGAAUAGUGCUAUCUUCAAUGUUCCUCAGGAGAGCCUUUUGAAUGUCGGACAGAUUUUCUAUGUGUAA